AUGUAUGUUCCUGCAAACUUGUUACAGGGGGCACAUCCGUUGACGCCUAGAUUUCCUAUAACAACUGCCGUCCAUGAGGAGCUCCUUCUCGCUUCCAACUUGGAGCAAGGGCCUAAGGAUCGUCAACGCCAAACAAUCCAAAAUACUGGGGCUCCCGUCUUUCCCUUCCUUUCCACAACUCCUGCUUUCGCCAACGACAGUAGCAAAGCAAAGCAAAGCAAAGCAAAGCUAAACAAACAGAUGCUAGACACCAUCAAAUUUACUCUCAGCCUACGAUCAAGGCGGCGUCAGGGAUCUUGA